AUGGAUAUCAUUAGGGAGUUGGAUACUAUUCUGUUCAAGUUUGCAUUGACAGACAAUGGCGCACCGUUCAACAGGUUCCUUGACUCUUACCUCGCUGUUGUCAUUGGCCACUUGUCAUCGCCAGACGCCAACAUCAAGAAGAAAGCCAUGGAGGUGUUGAGCAACUUUAACAAACGAACAAUGUUUGCAUCGGACCUUCAGUAUCCCAUCGACAAGCUGUUGACCCUCUACAGAGAUCCCUCAACACAGCCACUAGUCAGGAACUUUGCCAUCGUCUACAUCGAGAAGGCUUUCAAUACGAUGCCCAAAGAGUCCAGCGUCAACUAUUUGGCAUCAGUCGUUGAGGGUCUAUCAACACUGCCCAUUCAACAUCAGGAUAUAUUCUCUCAUAUCGUUUGCACUAUCCUUACCUGUUUAACAUCAAUGCCAAAGACUGAUGCUGAGAAGGACAAGUUAUUCCCUUUCAAAAAGAAUGAAAAGGAUUGCAAGGUGUUGCUCGACUUCUUCCUUGAGUUCCUAAUGGUUCCAAGUGUACAGACAUUGAAGAAUGAAGAGGGUGCCAUCAUUAUCCCACCAUGCCACAGCUUACAGUCACUCCAAAGAAUGAUGGGAAAGAACUUGGACAAGUACGACUUCAACGCACUCACAGAGAGGAAGGUAGCGAUACUCAACUUUAUAACGGCGUCUGGUGUCUUCUCUGACACGGACAUUCUUGUUCAUUGUAUCGUAGCGUCAACCGAUAUCUACCAGGUCAUCAACAAGAAGGCUGAUGAAUCUCUUAAACGUCUGCCAAAGAUCAAUUGGGAGAACACGGCAUUGAUCGACCAGCUUUACGUCAUCUUCCAGGGCAGCAGUACCUCUGAGCCCAAUGCCAAUCCAGACACUCAACGCAAACCAGCAUCGUCACAGACACGCGAGAAGAUUCUUCACUACUUUUGUCGUUCCCUUUUGGCCGCCAACAAGUUCCCAGACACUCUAAAGAUCAUAUUCGAGAGUGUCUAUGGUGUUGAGACCACCAUGAAGUUGAAGCAAGCUGCCAUGUCCUUUGUCCAAUGGGUAUUUAGACAUGCAGAGGAUAACUAUAUCCAAAAGUUUGGUCCAAUCAUUCUUAGUGGUCUAUUGAAACUACUUGAUUCGAUGGAUGAGGAGAGCGGAAAGGAUAUCAAUGAGUUGAAGGCCUUUACCUACAUUUCACUUGGUCUCUUAUGCAAGAGGAACAAGGCACUGUUUAAUAAGGACUUGACUUUGGUGGCCAAGCUACUGUCCAAGAUUGGAAAGGAGGAUACUGUUGUCGCCAGUGCCAUCCAGGACUCUCUAAUCAUGUUUAGAGAGGCAUUCAUUGAUUGCAAGGACCCUGAAAUAAGCACACAAUUGAUAAGUAUACUUAUGAAUCACUUGAAUGAUACUGAAUACACAACCAGAUACAUCGUUCUACAAUGGGCUCAACACUGCUUCACAUUUGACAAUGUUAGAUCUAGAUACUUUAGUUUGGUUCUAGUUGGUGAUCCACGUCCAGACAUUAGGGAAGAGGCGAGAAGAGGAUUGGAGCCCUAUGAGCACAGUGGAAACAUGAUGACAUCAUGCGACGAUCCACAGUCCGCAAUCUAUCCAGACUUCAAAGCACUGCUUGACUACAUAGUGGAGCGCAGGAGUGAGAUCAUGACAGCAAAGAAGCAUGCACAAGGUGUCAUUCAUGUGUUGGGCUACACUGCCGUCUCUUUUGAACACAUCCUUAUCCUGUUGCGCACAUCCCUAAGAAAGACUGCACUCUCUUUGAAGAAGCUACCAAGUCAAUACCUCGCAUCGCUGCCAGAGUCCACACUGAACAACUACAUCGAUCUCAUCGAGGUGGCACUGACCUCAAAGGCUGGCGAUGAUCUCUACCAAGUCAGCUGUGUAUCCCUGCUUCACCUCUUGUGUCUCUGUCCCAACCUGCAGCCUCGCUUCGCCGGCAAGGUUGAGUUGCUCAACAACUUGAUGAAGUCUGGAAAGUUACCAACCAGGGACCUUAUCGCCAAGAUGAUUGGUCUUGUCUCUUGCCAUCUACCCAACGAGCAAUUGGACGCUUUGCUAGAGUCCUAUCACAAAUCAGUGACCACUGAGAAGGACUUCCUAGAGCAGUAUGGUCCUCUACUGGCAUUCUCCUACAGUGUUGCAGCACUAGCUCACAACAAGAAGGACGUCAGGAAGCAUGUCAGUGAGGAGCGAUUCAAGUCAUUCCUGGCACAGAUCCGGACGCUGUUCAAGCACACCAACAUCACAAUCAAGAGUGCUGCCAUCACUGCUAUUGGUAUCAUCGCACUCUACUCACCAAUUCCCUAUGCAUCCAAUGAGGACAAGGAGGAGAUCAUCAAGGAGUUGACAAAGAUGCUCGAUGCUUCCAGUGAGCGUGGCGUUGCUGAGCAGGUCUUGCUUUCGCUGGGUUGGAUCAGUCUGGGCGAUGAUAGUCUGAUAGAGAUGCGCAAGUACAUGGUUGACUGCCUAUUUAAGCAGGUGAACAACAAGAACGAGGAGCUCCAAUUCACUGUUGGUGAUACUCUGUCAUUGAUUAUUGGUGGUCACUUGAUUGGCACAGAUGCCAUUCAUCCAUUCUCACCAUUCACUGUGGAAGAACUGCGUGCCGAGCAAUCAGAGGAGAGAUCACUGCUUGUGGGUACCAACGAACAGCCACAGGCUGACACCCCAAUGGACACGCCAAGCAACGAGUUGAAGAACAAAGAGUUGAUUGCCACGCUUGAGAGGAUAUUGACGUCAUACUUCUCUGACAGACAGUCACCAGUGACUAGAUGCUCCGCUGGUACAUGGAUGUUGUGUUUGCUCAAGAACUUUGGAUCACGACCCGAGCUUCAAUCAAUGCUCACACUGAUUCAGAAUGGAUUCUGCUCGCUGCUCGCCGACAACAACGAACUCACCCAAGACAUUGCCUCCAAAGGUAUCACUCUGGUGUAUGAGUGCAGCAACGAUCCAAAGUUCAAAGAGUUCCUCGUGUCCAACCUCUCAAAGACAUUGUCUGGCAAGCCUGCUCAAAAGGCUCCGGGCUCAUCUGAACUGCUUCCAGAGGGUGCAGUCGGCAAGACUGGUCAGGUGGCCACAUUCAAGGAGUUGAGUGAACUGUCCAAUGACCUUGGCAAACCAGACAUGAUAUACAAGUUUAUGAACCUCUCCAAUCACCACCAGAUUUGGAACUCAAAGAAGGGAGCAUCAUUUGCCAUUGUAUCACUAGCCUCCAAGGCCAAGGAGGAGUUUGCACCUCUCCUAUCCGAUCUCGUGCCAAAGAUCUAUCGAUACAUGUAUGACCCGAGCCCCAAGAUUGCCUCGUCCAUGAAGAACAUCAUGACUUCGAUCAUCGACAGCAAGGACAUAUUCCCAAGAUUCUUUGUCCCCAUCAUUAAGGAUAUCAUACAGGGUAUGGGCCAGAACGCAUGGCGCGUAAGAGAGGCCAGCUGUGCAGCCAUACCAGACACAAUAGCACAUGCCUCAACUGAUGACCUACUGCCCUACAUUGAGGAUCUGUACUAUAUGAACUUUAGGACUCUGGAUGAUAUUAGAGAGUCCAUUAGAAAGGCAGCAGAACUCUCCAUCAAGUCAUUGGGCACUGUCACUGCCAGGAUGUGCGACCCUACUUCUAGCUCAAAGGCCAGAUCAGGUGAUAUUCUCAAGGUUGUGAUUCCUCUGCUGCUCACCAAGGGUAUCUCCAACGACUCCAAGGAGGUCAAAGUGUUCACCGUUCAACAACUUCAAAAGAUCACCAACACAUCGAAGGAGUUGAUCAAGCCUUACGUUCCCGACAUGGUACAUGUGUUGCUCGAGUCACUGUCAAACACAGAGUCUGCCAGUUUCAACUAUGCCACCUUCCACGCAGAGUCACUAAACAUUACACCGGAACAGUUGGAACGUGCCAGAAUAGAGAUGUCCAAAGCAUCACCACUCAACGACAUUCUGGAGCAGUGUAUGAAGUACAUUGACCAGAGCAACAUCAACCAGGUGAUGGCCAACGUGAUUACAAUGGUACAGUUCAGUGUUGGUGUUGUGACCAGGGUUGGUGUGGCCAAGUUCAUCUCCAACCUAUUCCAAUCACGUUAUAUCGUCGUUGACGUGCCAGAGCAAGUGUUGCAGAAGCUCAUAACUACAAUGUUCCCUUCGAUCCUGGACAAGUCAAUCGCCACACGCAAACAGUUUGUCUCCACUCUGGCCAUCUGUGUCAAGAAGGCCAACAGCAACAAGGUCAUCAAACAGACGAUUGCACAGGUGAUGGGAUUGGUCGUUCCAAACAAAGAUGGUGAGGCGCCCACCGUCGAGGAGAUUGUUGGUCUCGAGGUGAACGGACUGUUCUUUAAGGAGCUCUACAAGGUGGCCUCCAGUGAGAUACAAUCCUUCAACAAGGAUCUCAUUCCAUUUAUGUACUUCUUCCGCUCACAUCCCAAGCAAGAGGUAGCCGACCUCUACAAGUCCAUCUGGGAAGAGAACUCUAUUGGUAGCAUCAAGCUCUACAUUGAGGAGAUCAUCAAGCUGAUCUCUACCAACCUGCUGUCCAACUCUUGGUCGGCCAAACAACAAGCGGCUCUGUGUCUCUCACAUCUCUCCAACGACAUGAAGAACUCAAUGGAGGGACAUCUGCCCAAGGUUCUCCAGCUGCUCAUCCAGGGUCUAAAGGGCAAAACCUACGCUGGCAAGGACUCGCUACUCGAAUCAAUGUCCACCGUGUCAUCUGUGUGUGCCGAUAGCAUAAUGAACGCGCCAAAGGAUGGAUCUGUGCCCACAGCACUCGAUCUGUUGACUGCAAUGUUUGCCGAGUGCAAGAAGAACGAUCUGGACUACAAGAGGAAGGCUUUGACCAACUUUGCCAGUAUGUUGGGAUCGUUCAGAGGUGCCGAAAUCAAUGACCUAUACAACAAGAUCAAAGAGGAACUGUAUCCAUUCGUCUUUGUACAACAGGAAAAGAAAGAAAAGGACGAUGGAAUGGAGGUGGAAGUGGAUCCCAAGCAGAAGCCACUGACCAUUCUCGUUCACAUUGCCAUCUACAAUGUCAUUGGUCAAGCAUUUGUUGCUUCGUCCAAGACGAUGCAGCAGGAAAACAUUGGAGUAAUGGACAUGCUACUGGUCAACGUGGUGCACAGCAUAUGGAACGAACAAGUAUCAAUACUUACAUCACUCAAGCUCAUCAUGCAUGCAGUGUGGAGCGACAAUCAAUGGAGUGACGAGUGGAUGACGACACUGUUUGAAAAGAUGUUGGAUUGCUUGAGUUCCACAAAGUACUCUGUGGUGAGGAAGGCCACGCUGGACCUAAUCGAGCAGUUGAUCAUCGAUGGCAAGGCGAACAACACAAUCUUGUCAUUGUUGGGCAAACAUCUUGACAAUGCAAAGAAAGAGAUCGAACUGACUGCAAAGAAGGAUUCAUCCCUUGGUGUUCAAGUUGAUAAGAUGUUAUUGUUAUUGAAAUAA